GGUCCUUCCUUCAGUCUUCGGAGGCGAAAGCCAAUCAAUGCAUUCAAUUAUCUCGUCUCUACCUUGAAGACCAAGUAUGAACAAGAACAACCAAUCCUCUUCCUAGCAGUAAUUCUCGAACCAACAGUGACUCCACUAAAACAAACUUAUGCAACACACACGCGCAAACCCGCAACUGCGAAGUCAAUAAGGGGAUCCUCUCACAUUCUCGCUUUCAUUGCAAACUUUCAAACAAUACUUAGACGGUGGUUUUUCCUAUUUUGUCACUCUUCACGCUCUUUCUUCCCGAAAUUCUUGUCUGAAUUUUCGGUGUCUGUGGAAAUUAUCUCUUCCUGUCAGUCCAAUCGGCUAUCCAAAUCCUGCGCAGAUAUUUUCCCUCAUUCUAUUGGGAAAUUCCGGGACUUGUGUUCGCAGGAGUUAGAUGUUGAAUGAGACGGAGAAGGUGAGGUGGGACUGACUUGUAUGGAUAAUCUUUGUUGCUUCAACUCUGUUUCUAAGGUUCUUGGAGGGCGUUCUUCAUGUAGCUCUGGCAAGGGCAGAAGCCAUCAGGGCCCAGUCAAGUAUGGCUUUUGCCUUGUAAAAGGGAAAGCAAGCCACCCAAUGGAGGACUAUCAUGUAGCAAAAUUUGUCCAGUUCAGAGGACAUGAGAUUGGGCUUUUUGCUGUAUACGAUGGGCACUUGGGAGACAGUGUACCAGCCUAUCUACAAGAAAAUCUCUUUUCUAAUAUAUUGAAAGAUGAGGACUUCUGGACUGAUCCGAACAGGUCAAUUGCGAAAGCCUAUCAGGCAACAGAUCAGGCAAUUCUAUCUCACAGCGCUGAUCUGGGGCGAGGUGGAUCAACUGCAGUGACUGCAAUUCUUUUAAACAAUCAGAAAUUAUGGAUAGCCAAUGUUGGAGAUUCACGAGCAGUUAUGUCAAGGGGUGGGUUGGCCAUACAAAUGAGUAUUGAUCAUGAGCCUAACACUGAGCGGGACAGUAUUGAGGACAGAGGUGGCUUUGUCUCAAACUUGCCAGGAGAUGUCGCAAGAGUGAAUGGCCAGCUUGCAGUUUCUCGAGCAUUUGGGGACAAAAACCUAAAAUCACACUUGCGAUCUGACCCCGACAUACAGCAUGUUGAUAUUUAUUCAGAUACCGAGCUUUUGAUCCUCGCAAGUGAUGGCCUAUGGAAGGUUAUGGCAAAUCAAGAGGCCGUUGAUAUUGCAAGAAAGACCAAGGAUCCACAAAAGGCAGCGAAACAACUAGUCGCCCAGGCGCUGAAGCUAGAGAGCAAGGACGAUAUCUCCUGCAUUGUUGUUCGUUUCAAGGGAUGAAAAAGAGAUAGAGAGAGGUUUAAAUAAUAAUCUCUCAAUUUCAGGGUAUAGAAAAUGAAAACUUCUCAUUUCAUGGAUGCAAUUCCAUAAUCUAGUUUGGAGAUCUCAUGGUAAUCCUGUUACCAACUUAGAGCUUUCUGCAAGACAGGUUUUCCUCUCCCUAUUCUCCCUUUGUAAAAUUGACGUUAGGUGGUGUCAUUUUAUUAUUUCUAGUUUUCUCCUCCUCUAUAUGUAGAUUCAUGCCAUUAUUUUUCCUCUGUAAUUUGCACUAUGAUUUGGAGCAGUGUGAAGAUAACCAUAAUAGCCUUUCAUUUGAUUUAUAAACCACCAUGUUUAUGAUAUAAUUCACAUGGCCCUUGCAUGCUGUAAA